GACCUGCCGUACCAUCGCGAGCUCAUCGAAGCUGCCGUUGAUCGAUAUUUUCACCUGUAAUUGAUCAGAGAUGGACUCAGAGCUCAAACUGCUGCACGUCCAGAUAAAAGCUGAAGCGAAGCCUCGAGCUGAAGUGGUCGGGUCGCAGCGGCAGCAGCUGUCCCUUCCUGAAUCACCAGAACUCCUUUGAGACAACUACCAUCCCUGCUGGGCCCAGAAGUACAAAACCAGGACAUGAACUGAGUGAGCCGAGAUGAGUCGCACAGAUCGAAGUUAUUAUGGAGCGAGUCUGUUGAUCACUCGUCAGAUACUGACAGUGCCGACUGUUUCUGAGCUGGACUCAACAAUCAGCUGCUGUCUACAGAAUCACUGCAGUCCUGUCCGUGUGCCACAGCAGGAGAGCAGAUGGGUUCUGGACCACAAUGAUGAUUUACCUACUGGUGUUCGAAAAGUGAUUGUUGGUGAAGAAGGGCAGCAGGACUGGAGCUCCAGUCUGGACCAGGAGGAACCAGAACCCCCACACAUUAAAGAGGAACAGGAGGAACUCUGGACUGAUCAGGUGGAGGAUGAUGUCACCAGGUUCACCUUCACUGCUGUCCCUGUGAAGAGUGAAGAUGAUGACGAGGAGAAACCUCAGUCCUCACACAUGGAGACAGAAGCUGAUGGAGAGGACUGUGGAGGACCAGAACCAGCCAGGAACUCAGAUCUAGAUCUUGAGACUGAUGACUCCUCAGAGACUGAAGUGAGUGAAGGUGACUGGGAGGAGACCAGAGAGCCUCAGGCUGGUUCAAACUCUGUGAUCAAUAACGAAGUGACUGUUGGUGAGCUCACCGUCGAGAGGUCGUUCAGCUGCUCUGAAUGUGGUCAAAGAUUUGGACGCAAGCCGCAUCUGAAUGCACACAUGAGAAUUCACACAGGAGAGAAACCGUUCAGUUGCUCCUUCUGCGGCAAAAGAUUUUCUCAGAAGGGAAACUCGAUUAGUCACAUGAGACUUCACACAGGAGAGAAACCGUUCAGCUGCUCCAUCUGUAAGAAACAGUUCAGAUACAGUGGAGAUGUCAGCAGACACAUGAGAAUCCACACUGGGAAGAAAAAGAAAUCCAACAUCAGUGACACAGUCAACGGUUUCGUUCACAAAGGACCAGAACCAGCCAGAAAGUCAGAUCCAGAUCGACAUCUACAGCCAAGUACUGAUGAUAAACCUUCAGAACCAGAGACCGUUGACAGAGAUGAUGGGUGGAAGGACAGCAAGGAAUUCGAGCCAGGUGUCAACACUCUGAACACUGAUGAAAUCUCUGUGAGCAAUAUGAGAUGUAAUCCUGACAAAGAGACCUUCAGCUGCUCCAAUUGUGGCAGAACUUUCUGCCGCCGGGAUCAUCUGAUGAGCCACAUGAGAACGCACACAGGAGAGAAACCCUUCAGCUGCUCCGUGUGUCAGAAACGUUUCAGCUGCAGUGGAAACAUUUUGGCCCACAUGAGGAUUCACACAGGAGAGAAACCAUUUGAAUGUUCAUUUUGUGGCAAAAGCUUCAGCCAGAAGGGAACUUUACAACUUCACGAGAGAAUUCACACAGGAGAGAAACCAUUCAGCUGCCCGUUCUGUGACAAAAGGUUUGCUCAUAAAAGACGCAUGACGCUGCACAUGUCUGUCCACACAGAGGAGAAACGCUUCAGCUGCAGUGCAUGUGACAAAAGAUUCACCUGGUACACACAGCUCAAAACCCACAAGUGUGUCGGUGAGUCCUCACAGCUCCGUCAAACUGAGAAAAAGGUUCCUAACAAGGAGGCAUUCAGCUGCACUGACUGUGGUAAAAAGUUCAGCCUGAAGGGAAAUCUGAAGACACACAUGAGGAUUCACACAGGAGAGAAACCGUUCAGCUGCUCAGUCUGUGGCAAAAGUUUUAAACAGAACGUUCAUCUGACGGAGCACAUGACGAUUCACACGGGAGAGAAACUCUAUAAAUGCAGCAUUUGUGGAAAAGGAUUCAAUAAGAAGUUACUGGUCAGAAACCACACGUGUGUUUAAUCCUCAUCAGGAGGAGGAGAGUGAAGAUGAACAGCAGGUGAGCUCUGAUCCGGCUUCAGAUCACAUCCUGUGUCAAUGUGAAUAUUGUCCACAAACUGGACAUGAUGAGAAACUGAAUACUUAAUGAAGAGUCUCUAAACAAGACUCAAUUCAAAGUGCUGAAAUAUUCUGCCUAAGUCCAAGUUUGAACUGAAGUCUGAGUCUGAAAACAUCAAGUGUGUUGGAGUUUCAUCUCAGAUGGAUCAGUUCCACUGCAGCUGCCUGGCAGCAGAAACCUUCAUGACUUUAACAAAGUUAAACACAGAUUAUCUUGAAAGUAGAGAAAAAAAAAUUACAGCUGGAGUGAAAAUGUGCAGGAAAUGCUCGAGUCUGACGAGCUCUGAGGUAAAGCAGUUGUGACGUUUUAAUGGUUGAUGUUGAUUAUCUGCAUUUCAAUCAAACAUAGUGCAGCUGUGAUGACUGCAGGCCGACUGUGUCACAGUUAUCACUUGAUAUUAUUAUAUGACAGUUAUAAAUGAUAUAAUUAGUCAUUUAAUCAUUAAGUUUGUUGAGUAAGACAGGACGGAUGUUGCAGGUGAUAAUAAAAAUUUUGGCUAAUUACAACGUGAAAUAAGAUGGCAGCAGCUGCAUUCCAAGUGUUUACAGAACCCACAGUCUCGGGGUGCAUAUCAAUUAUGUUGAACUGCAUCCACAUUUCCCUUGCUUGCAUCUUUUCCUUGUGUCCUAGCUCCUCCCACUGAGGACGAAGAGACACACAAGGAAACCCGGCAAGGAGAAACAUGGAAAUGAGACGUAAUUUCCUCUGAAGUCUCAUCAAACUUCCAGAACAACUUCCUGUUUGAGUGAAGAGUGCCGAAAUAUUAAAUAAGUGACUUAAGAUGUGAAGUUCCCACAAUGACUUCCUGGAAAUGUUUCACAAUAAAAGUAGUGUUAAAAAUAAAGGGUUUCGGUCAACUGAAACUGUAGAGGGCUUUUAAUUUGAAACUGAUACAGGAAGUGAAUAUGAACCAUGUAAUGCUGUAACUUUAAUUGAAGUGGCUUCAAACUGAAGAUUGUUAUGUUUCUUAGAACAGUUAGCCGCCACUAGCCACACGCUGCUAGCUCUCUCCACCAGUCUGUUUGUAUUAAAGCUUGUACAUUGGACCGACAGAACCAGAAGCUGACCCAGUGCUGCACCAGAGGAGACCAGUUGACUUUAUGAACACAAGUUUUCUUCAAGAGAAAACCUGCUGACGUCUCCAUGUUAAAAUAAUAUGCUGGAGUUUGUCUCGUAGCGUUGCAGCUCUCACGCGUCUCCUCUUUGAAUUAAUAUAUGACGGACUGUUUGUCUUUCACUGGUCUUCAUCCCACCACCUGCUCUUCUGCACAUAAAAGGUUCUGUUAAUUUAAAUAAAACUGCAUCACAACACG